UACGUCCGUGAAAAGACCCUCCCAUAUUUGGUUGCCGCUUCCUGUGACAUGGCUACGUCCCAUCAUGGUGUGCAUGUCGUGCGUGUUGCAGUGGGGCUCCGUGUAUACCGCGCAGCUCCGAAAGCGGGACUGGGCGUGCGGGUUGGCGAGUCUUUUACUCAGAAAGUACAGCACCAAGACGGCACCUCAGAUACCACGCAUGGAGUACCAAGAUGCCAUUUGCACCCUCAACACCCUACAGACCAAUGCCAGUGCUCUGGAGCAGGUUAGAAGAGAGCGCGGCCACCCUCAGCAGCAGCUCCAGGCCAUGAGAGGCUUUUUGGAGCGAGCCGGUGUCACAGUGGAGGAACUAGAUCGUCUCAAUAUCAUUCAUGUGACAGGAACAAAAGGCAAGGGGUCAACAUGUGCCUUCACUGAGCAGAUUUUGAGAAGUUAUGGGUUCCGCACAGGAUUUUACAGCUCCCCACACCUGGUACAAGUCAGAGAGAGGAUUCGAAUCAACGGACAGCCGAUCAGAAAAGAGCUUUUCACUAAAUAUUUCUGGCAGGUUUAUGGACGGCUAGAUGAAACUAAGGACGCCCAUAGAGGGACGAUGCCCGCAUACUUCCGUUUCCUCACCAUCUUGGCCUUCCAUGUGUUUCUUCAGGAAAAAUUAAAUAUUGUAAUAAUACAUUACCAGUGUUUUAUUUUUGCCUGGUUUUGUCUCGACAGGAGGCCGUGGGUGUGUGGCAUCUCCUCUCUGGGCAUAGACCACACUCAGAUCCUUGGAGACACCAUUGAAAAGAUCGCCUGGCAAAAAGGAGGCAUCUUCAAGGUGUGUUGGCUGUUCAUGCAUCAGAAAUGUGUUCUGAGGCCGUGGGUGUGUGGCAUCUCCUCUCUGGGCAUAGACCACACUCAGAUCCUUGGAGACACCAUUGAAAAGAUCGCCUGGCAAAAAGGAGGCAUCUUCAAGGGGGGCAAACACUUUUUCAUACCACUGUAUUCUAUAGGUGAUGAGUUCAGAGCUGUUUUUCUCCUCUCAACAGAUAAACAUUAUGCAUCCACCAGCAAUGAGAACACAGGUGUACUUCAGGUGACUCCCUUCAGGCCCACCCCCAUCAUGGUGAAGGGGCUGGCAGAUACAGAGUGGCCUGGAAGGAAUCAGACGCUGAAACACGGAGCAGUCACCUACUUCCUGGAUGGAGCUCACACCAUGCGCAGUAUGCAGGCCUGUGUACACUGGUUCAGAGAGACUGCAGCCCAACAUGAAAGGAUUGCAAGUGGACCUGUGGCCAGAGUUUUACUGUUCAAUGCCACAGGAGAGAGAGACUCAGCAGCCAUGCUUAAACUACUGGUGCCAUGUCAGUUUGACUUUGCUGUGUUCUGCCCAAACAUCACUGAGGCCAUUGCUUCUUGUAAUGCAGACCAGCAGAACUUUAAUGUCUCAGUGGAGAACAUGUUGACUCGCUGUUUGGACAAUGAGAGGAGCUGGCGGCUCCAUCACAGCCCAGGGGACAGCAAAGGUACACAGCUGCUGAUCGAGCAGGGCCUGCCCCUGGUCCCUGAAAAGAAAGCAGAAACCCUGGUCUUCCCUUGCAUCCUCAGUGCCCUUCAGUGGAUUACCCAGGGCAGGGAUUCAGUGCUCACAGAUCCAGCCAAGACUGUCUUAGAAGUUAAACCCAGCAUCAUGGCCAAAGCUGCUCCACUCUGCAACGCAGCCGAGAUGCACAUCCUCAUCACCGGGAGCCUCCACCUGGUAGGAGGAGCGCUCAAGCACCUCGACCCAGCUGCCUCCAACUAAAGGGGACAUUCAGACAGUUAAAAUAAUAAAUUGCAGCUCUGGUUACAUAAUUUAGCUUUGUGGAAGAAAGAUUGUCUUUAAAGAUGAAGUUUUUCCUAGUACUAGCUAUUUGAACAAUGACUUAAGAUGAUCACCUUUAAGUGAUUAGCUGCAUCCAGAUGUUGUCUUGGUAGCUGUAGUUUACAGUGAUAGGUGUGAAGAGACCGCUAGUUUGGACCAAGCCAGUUCCAGGCCUCAGUAUCCCAGCUUCACCAAGAGCCUUACAGGUGGUUGCAUACAUGUGUAUCUUUAGUCUUACUUGAAGCUAAAAGUGUUUACAUGAACUGCAGAAGGUACAUUCAUUACACCAUGUGUGAAUUGAGUUGAACUGGAACUGUGUACGUGUGUGCUUCAGUGGUCACUGAUACCACCUGGAUGAUCCACAGUGGCAUGAUGGGAUUAUUACAAUUCUACAAAGCAGCUCAAUAGACACCAAAAAGUGCUUCAUAGCCUAUAUGGAGUUGUUUGUUUUUAGGGAACUAAUUAGAGCACUUGACUUGCAUUUCACUCUUUUAAUAAAAACCAUUUUGCACUGUU